UGUCCAGUUUCGUUGGGUGACUUUUACCUGUUAGGUGCACAACUAGUUUCGGCUCACCGGGCGGAACACCGAGCCGCCUUUUUCAGCACUGGAGCGCGGUGCAGGUCCAGGAGCAGCAGGACCCCCCCGGUCUCCCUCCCUCCACGGCCCCCUGUGACUCAGGACUCCCACUGCGGAGCGACGGGCGGCAUUUCUGCCGGAUUUCAGCGUCUGUGCGCAACAGAGGAGGCAGGUGCGCGCAGAGGACAGGAGAGAGGAGGAGGAGGAGGAGGAGCAGACCUGCUCGUGUUUCCGACAAAACCUGCAACCGAAAUCGGACCUGAUGCCUGGAAAUCAACUGGUUGGCACCUCCUCGCUCGAUCCGUGCCGUUUCCAUUAUUAGUAUGCGGCCGGAGCUCCGCGCUGCCGCCGCGCUCGGACCGGGAAGAUGAUGGGAUUUCUGCGCAGGACGUUCAGCCGCCGCUCCAGGAGCCGCUUCCAGGCGAGAGAGAGGGACGAGCGGGACGGGAGAGGGGGAGGAGGAGGAGGAGGAGGGACGGGGAACCCCCUGCUCCUGCCCCACCAGCAGCAGGUGGUCCACGCUCCGGCCGUGGUCACCGGGGGCUCGGCGGUGCACAUCCCGGCGGGGGGCGCGGCCAGGAGCACCAUCACCUGCCGCGUCCUGCUGCUGGACGGAUCCGACGUCAGCGUGGAUCUGUCCAGUAAAUCUAAAGGCCAGGACCUUUUUGAUCAGAUCAUUUUUCACAUAGAUCUGGUGGAGACAGAUUACUUUGGAUUGCAGUUCAUGGACGUGGAUCAAGUUUCACACUGGCUGGAUAUGACCAAGCUUAUAAAGAAACAGAUCCGUGAUGGGCCACAUUACAGACUGUUCCUCAGGGUGAAGUUUUACUCCUCAGAGCCAAAUAACCUGCGAGAGGAAUUUACACGGUAUCUGUUUGUCCUGCAGCUUCGACAAGACAUUUUGUCUGGCAAAUUAAAAUGUCCAUAUGACGUGUCAGUGGAGCUGGCAGCAUAUUGUUUACAAAGUGAGCUCGGGGACUGCGACCCCUUGGAUCAUUCUCCUGAGCUGGUGUCGGAGUUUCGUUUCACUCCCAAACAGAGCGCCGCCAUGGAGGCAGACAUCUUCGGCAGGUGGCUGGAUCUCAGGGGACAGAGCCCAUCCCAAUCAGAGAUUUCCUUUCUAAACAAAUGCAAGUGGCUGGAACAUUACGGCGUAGAUAUGCACAUUGUCAAGGGCAGAGAUGGAGGAGAAUAUGCACUGGGUCUCACUCCGACUGGCAUCUUGGUUUUUGAAAGCUCCAACAAAAUUGGACUUUUCUUCUGGCCCAAAAUCACCCAGCUGGAUUUCAAGAAGAGUCGCCUGACGCUGGCGGUGGUGGAAGAUGAUGACCAGGGUCGUGAGCAGGAGCACACGUUCGUGUUCCAGCUGGCCAGCGCCAAGAGCUGCAAGAACCUGUGGAAGUGUGCUGUGGAGAGUCAUUCCUUCUUUCGUCUGCGCCAGCCGACCACAGGCAAGACGGGUCGCAGCGACUUCAGGCAACUUGGAUCUCGCUUCAGAUUCAGUGGAAAGACUGAGUAUCAGGCCACCCACCGAGGCAGACUGAGGAGAGCCAGCACAUUCGAGAGACGGCCAAGCAAGCGAUACCCCUCCCGCACACAUUCGCUGGGCAAAGUUUCUAUUUCUCCAGCCAAGCCUCCACAUAUCAGCUCUCAUGCCAGCCCUGAUCCCAGCCUGCAUGCGUACCAACACAACAUUCCUAUCAGCCACGAGCCAUGGCAUCCGCCCCACAUCGCUCUCACAACCCCAGUUUACCUGCAGCCCUCCAGACACACACCUCCGCACAGUUUUCCAUUAAGUGGUCCCACUUCAGACCAUCAGUACAGCUCAUCAGAGAAUGAGAAUUCGUAUUCUGGAAAGACCCAUCAUCGUCACCGCCGCCACACACACAGCCAGGAAACCCUCUGCCAAACACACACCAACAACAAACGUCAAGCUCCUCCCUUCCCCGCAGAUGACUUGGACAUCUCUCAUUCCCUGCUCAAAGCUCUGGAGUCGGACAGCGAUUCUCCUCCUUGGCCUUCGCUGCACAUCAACAUCGACAAAAAGGGAGAGGAGAAGCAGCUGUCGGAAAAGUCUUUGCACCCCCCUGCUUCUCCAGUUAUGCUCCCCGAUCACCUUAAAUGUAACAUCCUCAAGGCACAAAUGGAGGCCGCUUUCAGGAAAAAAGAGGCCCCAACAACACCCCGACGGAAUAAUUCAAACGAGACCCUCAAUGACAGGUACCAGAGCUCGUCUCAAGACUCAGCGGCGUCCAGUCUGACUACAGAAAAGACACCCCACCGGCAGGAUCGUGAAUCAACGCCGGAUGGGCAGCAAGCCAAAACCAACCCAAGCACCAACCGCAGAAAACGACUGGUCCGACAAUUCAGCUUCAACCAUGAGGAUGAGGAUAAUCUACCAGAGGCACUAGCAGCCAUCUCCUCUCAGAGUACAGGGAAGUCUGGAUCCAGCAGCUCAUUGGACAAACAGAUACAGCCAUCCAUAUACCCACAGGUGGAUAACAUGCCAGCACUGGAGCUGGGUAGUCCAUGCUGUCCCUCUGCUUCGCCUUCCCCUCACCUCUCCCCUUCUUACUAUCGUAGCUCCAUUCCUCACCUGGUCCCUUACCUCGCUGCCCAUAACGACAGCGGAGAGGAAGUAAGGCUGGACAGAGAGAAAAUCCUGAGAGCCCUGCUGAUGACAGAACUCUGAGACCUUGACCCUUGAACUCUGUAACUUCAUCAAAAGAUGAGGCAAAACGGGGGAGAAGUUAACUGAAAGUCCCAAAGUCACUAACAUCAAUCAACAUUUGUAUAUUUGAAUACAUAUUUGGCAUAUAUAUAUAUAUAUAUAUAUAUAUAUAUAUAUAUAUAUAUAUAUAUAUAUAUAUAUAUAUAUGUUUAUUUAUUUAUUUACACAAAGGCAAUUGUUAUUUUGGCUUAAUUUAGGGAAGUUUCGUUUUAUUUGUUGAACUGGAAACUGCAUACAAACUGAAAUGGAAUCAAAUGGACACCUUCAUUAGAGACAAGCUAAUUAUGAGCUGGUGCUGCCUGCAUGAUAAGUGUUUCUCUAAGUGAUUAAAUGAUUAACUGAUUGCUUUGGGGUUUAUUUUUAUGUGAUUCCAUCACCAUUGUGUCAGUGUUGAUGCCUAAACUGUGUUUCAGACAAUGACUGUUGAAUCACAAAUGUCCAUAUUACAAGCACUGUCGAAGUGAAAAUCACUUCCCCUUCAAAUCAGUUUGUUCAAAGAGUAAAGAAACUGUAAAAUAAUAAGCUGAUGACAGAGCAGGCAUUGUAAAUGUAUACUUCUGUACUGUAUUUAUUUUUGAGAUAUCCACUUUUACAUGCCAAAACAUUUGCAGUAUUUGUGAUUAAAAAAAAAAUCCCUGACAGGGUGAAUUGUAAGUGAAAACUGACUCGGGUUAAGAAAUGUUGAGAUAGACAUGUGCUGUGAAACUGUGGUUGAGCAACUGUCAUAAUUUGCCCACAAGAAGGAGACAAAUCGAAGCUGUUGAGGCAGCGCUGAACCCUUGUCAUGGAUAGUCAUGGCGGUGCAGGAUUAUUUGGCUAUUUUUUACAUGCAAUUUUCAUUGCAAGUCAUUUGCAAAUAUAGUGUAAGAGAGCAUGUUCUUUGAAAUAAAGUGUUAGUAAGCAUACCCUUGUGCUGCAUUAUUUUACUUCAGUCCUGGUUCACAGCUGCAUUGAACU